AUGGAAGUCAACAGCUCGCCCGCGGCUUCGUCACAGCCCCAAGUUGAUACCUCCCACAUUGCCACGAGCCCGGCCACCCGAUCUCGUCCCGUAACUCCCGUCGUUCCCCGCCUGUCGAUCCGAAGAAGCACCCUCUUUGACCCUGUCACCGUCCCGGUCGCCUCUCCGACUGUUCCUCUCUUUGCCAAGAUCCGUGGCGGUGGUCACGGUGCCGAAGCCACCCAUCUGGCCUCGGCCGAGGCCCACCAGAUCCAGGUGGCUGCUGCCCCUGUCCUGGCCCAGGCCCGCGGCCGGAAAAACACCCGCCGCGUCAUCAAAAUCACCAACUGCCGCAUCCUGAGAGACCACAAGCUCGUCGAGAACGACUCGCUCUGGAUCGAGAACGGAAAGAUCAUCGACCCCCAGCCAUACUUCUUCGAGGCCUAUGGCGAGGCCGCCACCGAGAUUGACGCCGGUGGUCUCAUCAUCUCCCCCGGCUUUGUCGAGCUGCAGCUGAACGGUGCCUUUGGCGUCGACUUUACCAACGACCGCGAGACUCUGGAGGAGGGCAUCCCCAAGGUCGCCCGCGGCCUGCUCAAGUUUGGCUGCACCUCGUUCCUGCCCACCAUCGUCAGCUCAAAGCAUGAUGUCUACCGCACCGCCGUCCCCAAACUCUACCCCCGCCGAGGCAACGUCAUCAACGGCGCCGAGGUGCUUGGCGCCCAUCUCGAGGGCCCCUUCAUGGCCCUGAGCAAGAAGGGCGCUCAUGAGGUCGACGCCAUCAUUGCCGCCACUCAGAAGCCCGCCGACUUUGAGGCCAUCUACCAUCUCUCAGAGUAUGGAGGCAGCCAGAUCGUCAAGCUCGUCACCGUUGCCCCCGAACUGCCCGGUGUUGUCGAAAACAUCCCCAAGCUUGUCGCGGCCGGCAUCUGCGUUUCCAUCGGCCACACGUCGGCGACCACCUCCGAAUCGCAGCGGGCCGUCGAGGCCGGUGCUCGAAAGAUCACCCAUCUCUUCAACGCCAUGCACCCGUUCCACCACCGCGAUCCCGGACCGAUCGGCCUGCUCGGUGCCUCCGAUAUCGAACGCCCUUACUACGGCAUCAUCUGCGACGGUGUCCACUGCCAUCCCAACUCGGUCAAGAUUGCCUACAACGCGCAUCCCCGCGGCGCUUGCCUAGUGACCGAUGCCAUGGGUGCCGCCGGUCUUCCUCCGGGCAAGUACAAGCUCGGUAACAUGACUGUCGACAAGGUCGAUGGCGCUGCCUAUAUCGAGGGCACCGACACCCUGGCUGGCAGUGUCGUGACCUUGGAUGAGUGCGUCCGCAACUUCCGCAAGUUCACUGGCUGCUCCAUCAUCGAGGCCCUCGAGUCGGCCACCCUGCACCCUGCCACCUGCAUCGGUGUCCAGGACCGCAAGGGAACCCUCAACUACGGUGCCGAUGCCGACAUUCUCUUCCUGGACGACGACCUCAACGUCAAGCGUGUCUUCAUUGCCGGUGUCGAAGUCGACCUCGACGAGGCCUAA